AUGAGGCCGUCGCUGAUGAGAUCUACGUCCCAGCUCCUCCGCCGCCGGAGCUACUCCUCAGCAUCCGGGCAGCCUGAGCGGAAGGUGGCCAUCCUCGGCGCGGCGGGGGGCAUCGGGCAGCCGCUGUCGCUGCUCAUGAAGCUCAACCCACUCGUCUCGUCGCUCUCGCUCUACGAUAUUGCCGGCACCCCAGGUGUCGCGGCCGACGUCUCCCACAUCAACUCCCCCGCCCUGGUGAAGGGCUUCAUGGGAGAUGAACAGCUUGGGGAAGCGCUAGAGGGCUCCGACGUGGUAAUCAUCCCGGCUGGCGUGCCGAGGAAGCCUGGCAUGACCAGGGACGACCUCUUCAAUAUCAACGCUGGCAUCGUUAAGAACCUCAGCGCCGCCAUCGCCAAGUACUGCCCCAAUGCCCUUGUCAACAUGAUCAGCAACCCUGUGAAUUCUACUGUACCAAUUGCUGCUGAGGUUUUCAAGAAGGCUGGGACAUAUGACGAGAAGAAGUUGUUUGGCGUGACCACCCUUGAUGUUGUUCGUGCUAAGACUUUCUAUGCUGGGAAGGCUAAUUUACCAGUAACCGAUGUGAAUGUCCCUGUUGUUGGCGGUCAUGCGGGUAUCACCAUCCUGCCAUUGUUCUCACAAGCCACCCCUGCAACCAACUCAUUGUCUGAUGAAGACAUCAAGGCUCUCACCAAGAGGACACAGGAUGGUGGGACUGAAGUUGUCGAGGCAAAGGCUGGGAAGGGCUCUGCAACCUUGUCCAUGGCGUAUGCUGGUGCUGUUUUUGCAGAUGCAUGCUUGAAGGGUCUCAAUGGAGUUCCGGAUAUCAUUGAGUGCUCUUUUGUUCAAUCAACUGUAACAGAGCUUCCAUUCUUUGCGUCCAAGGUGAGGCUUGGGAAGAAUGGAGUUGAGGAAGUGCUUGGGUUGGGCGAGCUAUCGGACUUUGAGAAAGAAGGGUUGGAGAAGCUCAAGAGCGAGCUCAAGUCUUCAAUUGAGAAGGGUAUGAAGUUUGCAAAUGAGAACUAG